AUGGUCAACCAACGACGUCUUUCGAGGUCGCCCUCUUGCACUGAACCCGCCGCCGCCAAUCCUUCGCAGGUGCCGGUCGGAGCCAUCGACAAGGCUGCGGAAGUUGGCAUCUCUGACGGGGCUCAACCGCCAAACGACGGAGCUGCGAGCGAUGGGGCCCAGGCCGCCGUGAGCAGCUCUACGCCAAAUGAUGACGAUGCGUCCCCACGCCACGUGGGCGCCGACGCGGGAGAUGAGGCCUCGGAUUAUGGCUGUGAAGCUAUGUCACUCUACCCGGGACGGACUUACCAGCGACGUCCAAGCACCAACUCGACGACAGCAUUCAUCUUCCACGGCCAUCAUGGACAGCCAUACUCGGAUAGGACCGCGUCCACACGGUCUCUGUGGGCACGCGAGCUUGACUAUCGAGAAAUCGGAGGCCGUCGCUACUGCAAAGAAUACUUCAUGCCCAACGACGAGGUCGAGCAGCUGCGCCUGACUAUACAACACCAAGUGCUUAUGCAUGCGUUCGACGGCGAGCUCACACUUGUUCCCGUGAGCGACCCCACGCACGUCUUGGAUGUCGGAACAGGAACGGGCGAAUGGGCCAUUCGAUUCGCCGAACUGCAUCCCGAUUGCGAAGUCGUGGGAACCGACAUAUCCGCCAUACAAGAGACCCAAGGGGUUCCGAUGAACGUCUUCUUCGAAAUCGAAGACGCCGAAGAGUGGGACAGACCUCUGGACCACUAUGACCUGGUGCACCUGCGAGGUCUGGAGGGAGCCUUUCGCGACUGGAGAUGCAUUUACGAGGAUGUAUUUGAUUCACUGAAGCCUGGCGGCUGGAUUGAAGUGACAGACUACGACAGCAAGGACGGAUCUAUCCAGUUCUUUUCCGGCUUCUCCUCGGAGUCGCCCAUUUUCGGCAUGAUGAACGAUGUCUUCGCCGGAGCCGAAAAGUCGGGCCGAAAACGAGGCAUGUCUCAUCUGGACCGGCAAUAUCUGCUCGAGGCGGGCUUCGUCGACAUUCGCGUGUCUGAACAUGUUCUCCGCAUGAACCUGCAGGAAGACACCGUGGGUAAACUCUGGCUCAUGUGCUGGCUGGAUGGCAUCGAGGCCUACUGCCUGCGCACACUCACAGAGCAGAUGGGAUGGGACGCUGACGUUGUCAAGACGGCGUGCCGCGAGACGGCUCGAGAGAUCGCCAGUCGCGCGCAAGACUCGGAAUCCUGCAAGACCAUGGUGCUGAACAUGCGCACUGUUUCGGCGAGAAAGCCCUCCAGGGACGAAUCUCCUGCGCCGGCCCGCUCCUCGGACGAGAGUACUACAGUGGAUGGAGGAAAAAGUGACUCGUCAUCAGAAACACACGAUUUAUGA